GCCCAAGCGCUGAACGAGCACGCGUAGCACGCCAGGAUGCGCACUAAACUCCUGACAACACUUGGCAGAGUCCAUUUUACACGCCUUCUUGAGCCGCUCCCCAUGAAAUGCUUUCCGCCAAUGGGGUGGGCGAACGGCUUUAUUCAGAACGCAGGCUAGACUGAGGUCUUUGUUUUGAAGACCACACAAACCCCCAACGGCUGGUAGGCUCCCUCUCUUCUCCGCUCUGAAUCUUUUUUCAUCUCAGCUGAAUUCACCUCGUAGAAGUACUCACCCCCCCGAUUUCAAGAUGGAGUCUGCUGCUAACACUCCUCUCCCCGAGACCGGCGACGUUUCGCAGCGCGGUCUCCUGCGUACUGUUUGGGACGUUUCGUUCCGCAUCGUGAUCCGGUACAUCAAGAACUCGUACAAGGACGACCCGUUCCGCACCUUCCUUGAAGUCUGCCUUGUCGGCUUCAUCAUCUGGUACAUGACCAAGCAAAAGUACAACAUUGGCACAAAUGAGGUCGUGCUGACCACGAAGGAAAUCGACGAGCUGUGCGAGGACUGGAAGCCCGAGCCGCUGGUUCCGGAACUGACUGAGUUUGAGCGCGAGACUCUCGACAAGGCAGUGCUGAUUGAUGGCCCCAACGGCAUCCGGGUCAAGCUGGCCUCGGGCAGCGGCAAGCAGGUGCUGAACUUUGCAUCGUACAACUUCCUCGGGUUCAUCAACAGCCCCGAUAUCGAGAAGCGCGCACAGGAGAUGCUGCGCAAGUACGGUGUUGGUUCCUGCGGUCCCCCAGGCUUUUACGGUACUCUGGACGUGCACAUGGAAUUGGAGAAGCAGCUGGCAGCAUUCGUGGGCCACUCUUCUGCGAUUCUGUACAGCCAGGCCUUCACCACUACGCUCUCUGUAAUCCCCUGCUUCUCAAAGCGCGGCGAUAUUAUCGUUGCCGAUGAGGGUGUUGCGUUCUCGCUUCAGCAGGCGAUUGCGCUGUCGCGCAGCAAGGUCUACUGGUACAAGCACAACGAUAUGGCGGAUCUCGAGCGUGUCCUGGCCGAAGUCAAUGCGCAGCUGGCUGGUCGCAAGAGCGCACUGCCGCGCAAGUUCAUCAUCACUGAGGGACUGUUCCAGAACACCGGCGACAUCACCCCGCUCGAUGCCCUGGUCGAGCUCAAGCACAAAUACAAGUACCGCAUCAUCCUCGACGAGUCGCUGUCGUUUGGCGUCAUGGGCAAGCGUGGUGCUGGCCUCACCGACCACUACAACCUUGACCCGCAUGAGGUUGAUCUGAUGAUCGGCGCGCUCAACAACGCCAUUGGUGCCUCGGGCGGCUUCUGCUGUGCUGAUAAGGACCUAGUCGAGCACCAGCGUCUGUCUGGCCUUGGCUAUUGCUUCUCGGCGUCUAUGCCUGGAAUACUGACUGUGGCUGCCGCCGAUGCCUUGCACUCGCUGGAGAACAACCCCGACGAUUACCUGCCAGCGAUGCGUGAGAACUCUGUGCACCUGCGCACAUUGCUCAGGCGUAUCCAGGGGUUGCAGGUUGAGGGGUCGAACGAGAGCCCGGUGGUUCACAUUCGCUUGACGCCCGAGACCCUGGUUCGCAUGAAGCGGUCUGGCGGAGCCUGGACCAAGACUGAUAUUGAUCGUGUCCUGACGGAGCUGACUGACGAGGCGCAGAAGGACGGCGUGCUCCUCACCCGCUCCAUGUUUGUCGACGAGCACGAGCGCCUGAUGCCUAACUCGAGCAUCCGCAUUUGUGUGUCGGCUGCCCACACCAAGAAGGACAUCGAGAAGUGCGCCCACGCCGUCAAGAGCGCCGUCAGCCGUGUCACCUCGAAGAAGCGCUAACAAGCCUUGGGCCAUCCCCUCCCCCCACACUGCAGUCCACUAGAGCUUUUAUCUUUUAAUGACCUCACAGAACUAAAUCCAUAUGCUCCCAGACGACU